GCUUUUACAGAGAUGAUAGUUGUUUUAAAUUAAUUCUUUUUAAGCUAUGUUAAGUGACAUUUAAGAGUCCUUCAAAAUAAAUAGGGUCCACCUAGUGCUAUUUAAUAAAAAAAUUUUCCUUUUGUUCACUAUCAACGCAACUUUAAUUUUCUUUUACUUUGUUGUGUGUUUCUUAACAGGACUUUCGAGAAUAAUUAAACACUUCUUAUAACAACAUUCAACGAUGUUUGAUUGAUCGAGUGUUGAUUGAGAAGUGCUAUAAUUCAUUGUUCACAUUAUUUACCUAAGAAAUCGUUUUCCUGCUUUUUGCAUCAAUUGUGGUUUCGGCGUAACCAGAGCAGAUUCAUAGGCGCUACAGCCAAGGUUGCAGCCCUGUGUCCAGCCUGUGAAGCCAUGUCAACCAUCGGCAGUGCCGGCGAGGGGGGUCAGCAGGUGCUGGAUGUGCCACCACACUACUUCCCCGGUGCAUGUUUUGUCUGCAAGGCCACGCCUCCAGCUGGGGGCAGCCUCAGUCGCUGUGCCAACUGCCGCAUGAUCAAGUAUUGCAGCAAGGAGCACCAGAAAAUGGACUGGCCAGUGCACAAAACUAUAUGCAAGAAACUCCGUAACGACGACGGCAGCUCUGUGCUGGCCGACGGCGCCGGAAUUAUCGACAGCGCCGCCUGGCUGCGCCACCGCGCCAGUCAGACGCUGGCACUGCGCCUGAUGCUCGGCCGCGAGCUGCGACAGCACGAGAAGGAGAUGCUCUUCUUCCCGCCCGUGUGCGAGGUGUGUCACAAGUUCCGGCCGGCCGAGCAGCUGGAGUGCGAGCGCUGCCACUCGGCCUUCUACUGCGACCAGGUGCACGCGAAGCAGGACGCCGAUCGCCACGAGCGCUGGUGCGAACAGCUGCGCCUGGCGCUGGCCUGCGACAGAUACGAGGCGCUCAACGGUCUGGCCGACCCUCCGAUCCUGCCAGACGUGGACGAAACGUUCCAGGACCUCCCCGAGGACAUUGUCUCGAUGCUGAGCAGCCAGAUCCUCGCCGAGAAGGAGUCGGUGCCCGAGGGGGCGUAUGUGGACCCGGUGCUGAUCGCCUUCCUGACGGAGCGGCUCAGUUUCCCGCUGACGGUGCUGUACGCGCUGCUGAAGGCGCCCGGCGAGCGGCCGGUGGGCGAGCGCGAGUCGCUGACGGUGCACGUGGUGGGCGCCCAGAUGCUGGUCGAGUGUCUGGGCAUCAUCAAGUGGGAGUACCUGGUGCACCGUCUGCCGCGGCUGCGCGCCAUCCGGCUGGUGUUCGUCGGUCCGGAGCUGUUCCGCGGCUGCGGGGACGACAUGGCCGGCGCCGUGGAGGACUCGGGCGCCACGCGCUGCGCCGACUGCAGCCGUCGGCAGCGCUCGGUGGUGCACGAGCUGCGACCGGUCACCUACCACGAGUACUGCCGCGGACAGCACUGGACGCGGCCAGACGCCGUGGUCGCCUUCAACUCGGGCAUCCACGAGUUCGCCGAGCGCGACGAGGACACGUGGCGCGAGUCGCUGCCGUUCCUCGUGCGCCACGAGCGUGUGCCGCUUAUCCUGACCGCCUACACGCGCACCGAGCUGCGGAAGGACCUGGACGAGCUGGAGAAGGCCGUGCCGAGCCUGACCGUGCUGCUUCCGGCGGCCAAAAACCCGUUCGGCAGCACCAAGCCGGUGCGCGAUAUGUGUCGCGAGGACGAUUGUGACGUGUUCUUCCUGAAUCAGUUCGUGACAGUUCUAGAAGGAGACGGAACCGGAGACGCCUCGCCCUGCCGGUGAGGUCUGAAUCUGGGGGCGGUUUCUCUGUGGAGGGAGGGGGCCGCUGUCGCCUGUCGAUGUGAUGAACCUUUGAUGUAUUACGGAUAGGCUGGAUACGUGUAACUGUAGGCGGCACAAAAUGAUCGAUGGAUAAAACUGUGGACUGUGUUAUAGUCCGCCUCGAGUGGUUUCUUUGACCAUCAGGUAACUGUCAAUUAUUUGUACCGGUAGGGCUGGCCCCGAAAAAUGUAAUGAGUUGCCAAGCGGUACCUUUUUCCGCCAUUUUUUACCGUUUGCGAUUGGUGUCAUUGCUAGUGUCCUCAGCCGAGUUCGUAGAAUAUGUGUCGCUGAUGUGAACAAGUUGUUAUUUGUAAACUGUAGGACAGAAAUGUGCACAACUGGUGAUGGCUCAUGUGUCACUUCAGUGUUGAGGUUCGAAGGCUAUCUGUAUGUCUGCUAUACCGCCCACCAUGCAAGCAAUUGUUUCCUUUCAAUGGUCUAAGUGUGACAUCCAUUCGAUGACCGUGUACCUGCCUGCUCUAUGUCAGCUCCCCAGCCCGAGACGCGCUGCCGCAGAUGGUCGCGGUGUUCCCUUCCCGGUUCGGCUGAAUGUUUCCCUGAUGUUUGUGACGAGCGCCACCAGGCGUCAGCCCAGCCCAGCGUCCUAAGGUGUGUCCCGGCCCCUCGGACUUGGUUCGCUACCCACUUCACAGAUGGCGCUGAUGUGGGUCAAGUCUGGGUGGUCUUGGUCCGUAGCUGCACUCAUGCACUCUCGACGCUUCCAUGCUAACGUUUGUUGAUGCAGAUGUGUGGUGGCCAACUACGUCUGAAUUCUUGAGCCUGAAUCGACUCUGAUCUCUUUUACAAACAUCUCGCUUGAGAUGGCAACAGCCGCAAUCCCGUGUGGGUACUUGUUGCAGUGUUUUUUGCGUCUGUGCUUUGUAAGUGUCGGAAGUAUUUUGUCGAACCCUAGAGGUGUGUUUAAAUCAGACGUGAAAUGCUUC